AUGUCUACGGCAGAAGCGAACUUCUCGGCUCCUCCUGAGGUGCUUACCUUCGAUGGUCUGCUGUUUGACUUCGACGGAACUAUUAUUGAUUCCACAGAUGCAAUUGUCAAGCACUGGCAUAAGCUAGGAGAGGAGAUGGGCGUGGAUCCUAAUGUGAUUCUUGCUACAUCGCACGGACGACGGAGUAUCGACACUCUCAAACUCUAUGACGAGAAGAAAGCCAACUGGGAGUAUGUCAGCGAAAUAGAGGGCCGCAUCCCAAAAGAAUACGGACAAGACGCUGUCGAAAUCCCUGGUGCACGAGCCAUCCUUGAAAGUCUAGAGAACGCAGGUGCCCCCUGGGCAGUAGUUACAUCCGGAACGCGUGCGCUUGUCGAGGGAUGGCUUGCUGUGUUGAAGCUCGCUCAUCCCAAGUUCCUCGUCGUCGCAGAGGAUGUGGAAGUUGGCAAGCCGGAUCCGCAGUGUUACCUUCUGGGACGCUCCCGUCUGGGUCUGAACCACAGCACGUCGAUCCUAGUUGUUGAGGAUGCCCCGUCUGGGAUCAAGGCUGGUAAAGCUGCAGGUUUCAAGGUUCUAGGACUUGCGACCACUCACACGAUUGACCAACUUAAGGCGGCGGGCGCGGAUUGGAUCGUCCAGGAUUUAAGCAGCGUUGCACUUGUUGGGGUCGAUGGACAAGUGAAGAUCGAGAUCAAGAACGCCUUGCGAUAG